AGUUUAACUUUGAGCAGCAGAGCAAGGACUACAGGAAAACGAUCAACAGCAGGACUUUAAAGAGUUUCUCACAAACCCAUUGAAGGGAUUUCCUCAUCUCAAGUUUACAUUUCCCCAAAGUAGACUUUGUUUGGAUCUACGACUUAUAUUUUCUUUUAAUUGUUACUUUCGUGACGAUGAUGUUCACCGCUUUCAAUAUGGAGUGCGACUCUUCCUCACGCUGCAGCACAGCUUCCCCGUCCGGGGACAAUCUAGGAUACUACCCGUCACCAGCAGGAUCUUAUUCCAGCUUGGGAUCUCCCCAGUCUCAGGAAGUCACUGAUCUGACAGCAUCAAGUGCCUCCUUCAUCCCCACCAUCACAGCAAUUUCAACAAGCCCGGAUCUGCAGUGGAUGGUCCAGCCUUUGGUCUCCUCCGUGGCCCCCUCUCACAGAGCUCACCCCUACACCUUGAGCCCAAGCCCGGGCUACCCCAUAUCAGCCAUGAAGUCUGCAACAUCCAGACCUCACAUUUCUACCAAGAGAGGCACAGCUGAACAGAUGUCUCAUGAGGAGGAAGUGAAGAGAAAAAUUCGCAGAGAGAGGAACAAGCAGGCAGCAGCUAAAUGCCGCAACAGGAGGCGAGAGCUUACAGACACGCUGCAAGCUGAAACUGAUCAGCUGGAGGAAGAGAAGUCCAGCCUGCAGAAUGACAUUGCCAACCUAUUGAAGGAAAAGGAAAGGCUCGAGUUCAUUCUGGCUGCCCACCAGCCUAUCUGCAAGAUCCCCUCAGAACUGGAGGCAGACUUCCAUGUGACCUGCCUCUCCACCGCCGUUCCUUCCACUAUCAGUUCCAGCCAGCUAACUUUCACCUCGGCGUCCAACUCCAUCUUCUCCAGCACCAGCUCAGUCCCUUCCACCUCCACAGUCUCAGACAGCACGGUCAAGAUGGCAGAUCUGGAGGCCUCCGUUCUCGAGGAGUCUCUAGACUUUCCGGCGAAGACAGAAAUGGAGACAGCGCGCUCUGUUCCCGAGGUCGACCUGUCCAGCUCCCUCUAUCCAGGCCAGGACUGGGAGCCACUUCACACCUUGACCAGCAACAAUGACUUUGAGCCCCUGUGCACACCUGUGGUGACCUGCACCCCAGCCUGCACCACCUACACGUCUUCAUUCGCCUUCACCUUCCCAGAGGCUGAGACCUUCCCCACCUGUGGCAUUGCACACAGGAGAGGAAGCAGCAGCAAUGAUCAGUCCUCUGACUCCCUCAGCUCACCAACCCUGCUGGCCCUUUAGAGACAUCCAAAAGUGAACUUUCUUCCUAGAAGCACAUUUUCUUGAAUAUGUGACAGAUGUGCAGAUUACAGGGCUAUGGAGCAGACUUGUACCAGGAAGCAUAUUAUUUAUGAUUUUAUCUGCCUUUAUGUAUAUCUACUUGCCUAUUACACCGAUGUAGCAAGUUAUUAAGCAUGUUUCAACUAAUACCACUUAGUCGUUCUAUGAGUUCCUUGUAUGAUUUCAUGGUGCUAGAUUUAAAAAAAAGGCUUUAUUAAUGUGUGCUCAGAGCAAUAGUUAUUAUUUGACCCAGCUUGUUUUCUGGUUAAUUGAAAGUUGGAGUAAUUGUAAUCUGUUUGUGAAACUUAAAACAAAAAACUGGUGUGCUUGUCUGAACCAUGGUCUGAAUGGUCUUUAAAAGUAUAUGGAGUUUUCUGUGAAAACACUUGUCCUUUUAAUUUAUUAAAUUUAUUUUUAUACAGAGUACUGACGAAUGUUGCUUGUAAGACAUGUAAAUAAAAAAUAGAGAUAUUUAAAUUCA